GAUGUCAUGUGAAAGGCUGGAACAGUUCGACCAGGAAGUCUCAGCUUGUUGCUAGAGCUACAGUUUAGUUGCCCACGGCCUGGAAGCACAUACAUUGUAUUUAGGCCUAGUAUUUGGUUUUAAUUUGUGCGCCAUGGCUUCUCUAUUCAAGAAGAAGACAGUCGACGACAUUAUAAAGGAACAGACUAAGGAGCUUCGUGGUACUCAGAGACAGAUCACUAGAGACAGAGCUGCUCUGGAGAAACAAGAGAAACAAAUGGAGAUGGAGAUAAAGAAGAUGGCUAAGUCUGGGAACCGCGAGGCGUGUAAGAUCUUGGCCAAGCAGCUGGUACAACUGAGGAAGCAGAAGAACAGGACCUACGCCGUCAGUUCAAAGGUCACCUCCAUGUCCACACAGACCAAGGUCAUGAAUUCUCAGAUGAAGAUGGCUGGAGCCAUGUCCACUACGGCUAAGACAAUGCAGGCGGUGAACAAGAAGAUGGAUCCUCAGAAGACCCUCCAGACCAUGCAGGACUUCCAGAAAGAGAACAUGAAGAUGGGCAUGACCGAGGACAUGAUCAACGAUACGUUAGAUGAGAUAUUUGUGGAAUCAGGAGAUGAGGAAGAAUCUCAGGACAUUGUGAACCAGGUUCUGGAUGAGAUCGGGAUUGAGAUCUCUGGAAAGAUGGUGAGAGCCCCAGCAGCAGGGAAGUGUCUCCCUACUGCUUCUCCUAAACGGAAAACGCAGAUCUCUGACGACGAGAUAGAGCGACAACUCCGAGCCCUGGGAGUGGACUAACACACACACCAUGGGCUAGGCCUGUGUACUAGCAGGCUGGUGGUCCAUGUGUGGGUGAUUCUGGUGGUCCAGAUUGUGGGUGAUUCUGAAUAUGUAAUGACUAAAUUAAGGAAUAAUAGAAUAUUAUGACCCACGCUACAUUCUGCUGCAGCCUGCAGAAGCGGUUGGCUUAUUUAUGUUCAUACAGACUGUUGACUCUGGAAAAGUGACCUCUAUGUUCACAUUAUUUUGUGCAUGGCUUCUCCAUUAGUCCUUGGAGUACAAAUCCUGUGGGAGGAGGAUGAAGUCAAAGAAACAGAGUGAGGUAAUGACUGUUCUCUGUGCUCUCACAUCUUUAGGUACAGUACUAUAGAUGCUGCUGGUGUCAAAUUACUGACACUGUGUCUGUCUAGAACCACUGACAUUAACUCUAGGAACUACUGACAUUAACCCCUACGAGUAGGGUAAGGGCUUGACUUUUUCACUAAUAAACAUUUUGCAUGAGAAUCUAUGGAAUUAGCAGGAUCAAGCUGGAUGUCAAGAUACAUAAAUAGAUUCAGUUUAAAACGAUGUGUGAAAUAGUAAUUAAUGCUAAUUCAAACUAAUAAUCAUUAACAUAUUUCAAAGAAUGGUUCAUUUUGAAUUGCUUGUUUUGUACUAUUGAGUUGUACUCUAAUUUGAAGAUGAUGUCUGUGUCUUAGUGUAUCUCUGUGUGUCCUGUCUUUCUGAUGUGGGAUUGAACCAGCAGUCUGUCUGUCCUCCUCAUCCUUUUAUCUCGGCUGCUGUGCAGUUAUCGUAUCUGUUGUUAGAGCUGUUUUUUUAAAACACCACACACACACACACACACACAUAUUCUAGAGUGUACAAUGGGUUUGUGAAGAAGACUGAUCAUUGUCUUCCUGACGCUCUCUCUGUUUCACUCUACCAUGCUGUAAGAGCAGGUAAGGAGACGAUGACAUAUUUUGCAUUAUCAACUAAACAUUUCAUGCAUUCUAGAAUGUUCCCUCUCAUGGUUCUCUUCUGGUUUUCUAAUGUCGACUAGUAUAUCACUGUAUACUAAAAUAAUUGUCUUAAAGAUUGUUACUGGAAAACAUUGACUGGCUUACUAUUGUUACAGCAGUUUCUUUUCAACUUGAUUUUGUGGUGCAAUUCUCCAGAGAGGAAAGGUGAAUAAAUGAAGGUUGUUGUCACACUUUUUCUCCACCAUGUAUGUAUCCUCUGUAUCUAUACAGUUGUACUGUUUAGACUUGAUGACUUUUAUAAUGAAUAAAAUAGCAUCAUGUACA